AUGUCGCAAGACGAAGCAGUUAAAUGUAUGUCAGUGGCUGAAGAAGCUAUGAAAAAUCAGGAUUGGGACAAAGCUUUGAGAUUCUUAGAUAAAAGCAUGCGAUUUAAAGAGACUUAAAAAGCAAUUUAUCUCAAAAGUGAAGUCAUGAAAAAAAUGAAGGGAGAAGGGCCAGAUGCUAACAAUAAUGAAUAAUCUGCCGAUCCAGCUGAUGAUACUCAGUCUAAUGGUACAGCCUCUACAAGUAAAACCUCUCAGAAGAAAUAACCAACACCUAAAAAAGAAGAGAGGAAGAAGGAAGAGACCUAGCCAUAGGAGCCACCUAAUUACUCAAAAGAAGAUGUUGAAAAAUGCAAGGAAAUACUAUCAAAGUCAAACUACUAUGAGAUAUUAGGGAUUACUAAAACAGCUGAGGAAAAUGAGAUAAAGAAAGCGUAUAAGAAGCUAGCUUUGAGGUUUCAUCCUGAUAAGAAUAGAGCACCACAAGCAACUGAUGCAUUCAAAAAGGUUAGCUCAGCCUUUGCUUGCAUUAAUGAUCCCGAAAAGAGGAAACUCUAUGAUGAACAUGGAUCAGAAGAAAACUUCCAGUAAAGAUAUAGAUAGCAGUACUAAGAGGAGUUUGACCCUGAAGAUCUUUUCUAAAUGUUCUUUGGUGGCCAUGUGUACACUGGUGGCUUUGGACCUCGUGGGCAUACUGUUUAUAGGAGAUAGUAGAGAAGAGGUGAUUAAGGUGAAUAGCAAUAGAGAAAUCCAUAGCCAGCUGGUGUCUAAUUUUUCCAGCAGUUUGCUCCUAUGCUAUUGCUAUUGAUUUUGACUCUAUUAUCUAACAUCGAAUCUUUCACAACUGGCCAUUUGCACAAUUACUCUUAUCGCCAGACUAUGGAAUUCAAAAUUUAAAUAUAAUCAUACAGAUUGAAUGAACCCUACUGGAUUUCUGAGGCAACUUACAAUAUAAUAAAGGAUGAUCGUGAUUAGAAAUUAAAAGUAUGUUUGUUUUUUCUUAUAAUCUAUUCUAGCUUGAUCAACGAUUUGAAAGUGAAUUGA